UCCGUCACUAGCACGAAGCACGCAAAACGUUAACGAAGGUAAUGAAGAACCUUCUAACAGUAGUGUAAGUCUCCCUUAUUACUAUUCACUAGGAGAAGGUAGAGCAACGCAUAAAUGGACCGACAGUCCAAAUGUAAUCCGGCGGUCGCCUUUGAAAAGUUCCCAAAUGAAUAAUCCGUUUAAAGGCAGGCCGCCGGUACAAAAUUGUACUAGUUUAUGCUGGUUUGAGAAGAUUUGCUGGCCAAACACCAAGAUUUUUCCCGGUAGGAUCAACCAGCUCGUAAGACGAAGACCCCUUUUUGGCGAGAACUUUCGCCGAUCACCCUUCCCGGAAAUCCUGGAGUAGUCAUCCCCUGAUGCCAUUUCGCAACCAUGGACGACGAAAUGAGGACUAAACCCGGUAGAAGAAUCGGGCAAUCACUCUGUUGAACGCCGCCUACAAGGUACUCUCCCAAAUACUUUGCCGUCGACUAUCGCCAUUUGCGAAGCAGUUCGUGGGGCAUUACCAGGCGGGAUUUAUGGGUGCCCGCGCCACCACGGAUCAGAUAUUCGCGGUUCGGCAGGUUAUGCAGAAAUGCCGCGAAUAUAACGUGCCCACACAUUAUUUGUUCAUCGAUUUCAAAUCGGCGUACGACACAAUCAAUCGGGACAAGCUAUGGCAAAUUAUGUUCGACUACGGUUUUCCGGACAAACUGACGCGGUUGGUCAAAGCGACGAUGGAUCGAGUGAUGUGUGUAGUUCGUGUUUCGGGGGCACUCUCGAGCCCCUUCGAAACCCGAAGGGGGCUGAGGCAAGGUGAUGGUCUCUCGUGCCUACUGUUCAACAUUGCCCUGGAAGGUGUCAUUAGAAGAGCGGGGAUUAACACGAGUGGCACGAUUUUCCAAAAGUCGGUUCAACUGUUUGGUUUUGCCGUCGAUAUCGACAUUGUGGCUCGGACCUUUGUGAUGAUGGCGGAUACGUACAUCGGAUUAAAGGCUGAAGCCAAAAAGAUUGGACUGGUCAUCAAUGCAUCGAAGACGAAGUACAUGAAAGGAAGGGGUUCACGUGAAGACAGUAACAGUAUCAGUAACCUCCCACCUCGAGUUCAAAUUGGUGGUGAUGAAAUCGAGGUGGUCGAUGAGUUCGUGUACCUGGGCUCACUGGUAACUGCCGACAACGAUACCAGCAGAGAAAUUCAACGGCGCAUUAUGGCAGGAAAUCGUGCAUACUUUGGUCUCCGGAGGACGCUUCGAUCGAGUAGAAUUCGCCGCCGCACCAAGUUAACCAUCUACAAGACGCUGAUCAGACCGGUAGUCCUCUACGGGCAUGAGACAUGGACUAUGCUUGUGGAGGACCAACGCGCCCUUGCGGUGUUCGAGCGGAAGGUGCUUCGUACCAUUUUCGAUGGACUGCAGAUGGAAAACGGAGUGUGGAGAAGGCGAAUGCACCACGAACUGCAGGAGCUACUUGGGGAGCCAUCUAUCGUCCACACCGCUAAGAUAGGCAGGCUGCGGUGGGCUGGGCAUGUUGUAAGGAUGUCAGACGAUGGCCCGGUAAAGAUGGUUCUUGAAACCAAUCCGUCAGGGACGAGACGGAGAGGUGCACAGCGGGCAAGGUGGAUCGAUCAGGUGGAAGACGACCUGCGGACCCUACGCAGACUGCAGCCAUGGACCGAGUGGAAUGGAGACGACUCUUACGUACAGCAAAGGCCACACCACGGCUUGGGACUGUUUGGUAAGGAACCGGCUGAAUUCUUUAGAGAUGAACGUCGAACCAUUAUUGCUCAACAGGAUUUCCGGACUUCCAUGGCGGUUGAACCAUUGUUCGCGAAAGAAGCACAAAGAAGGGCGCUACAAAUUUUGCGAACGGGGGUCAACAUUACGUACUUGCUGAAGACGUCGAGGACGACUAGCAAGUGUUGA